UCUCAGAUGCCAAACACAUCCGCCUCUCCUUCUCUUUCCCUCAGCCAAAAAUGCUAAGAAGAAAACCAACAAAAAUCCAGGUCAAAAUUGAAGACAAAGAAGAACUUGAAGAAUCCCGAAAGCCCACCAUCACCACCACAACCACUUCCUCCUCCACCACUGCCACCAGCACCUCAUCUCUCCUCCACCUCCUUGACCACUCCAAACCUAACCCCUCUUCCAAAUCCAACCGGAUUGGCCUCUCCCCAUAACCAAAAACCCCACAAAAAUAAAUAAAUAAAAUUUACCAAAAACCCACAAAAAAGAUCGGAACUUUUUUGCAAAAAAAUCCACAAAAUAAUUUAGCCCUUUAUGGAGGUGGAGGUGAAAUUGCGUCUGCUUGAUGCAGUCAAUCACAGUCGCUUAAAAGAAAUCCUUUCACCAUUUCACAUAAAAAAACUUAACCAAAAAAAUGUCUUUUUUGAUUCUGCCAAUGGCAUUCUUGCUUCUCAAAGGGCAGUGCUUCGCUUGCGUUCAUUCAGUAACAACAACGAAAAAACUCGUUGUGUUUUGUCUCUCAAGGCAAAGCCAAUGCUGAUCAAUGGGGUGAGUCGUGUCGAGGAGGAUGAGGAGGAAAUAGAUCCAUUGACUGGGGAGCAAUGUGUGGAGGAAGCAAGCAAGUUGGGGUUGACUGAGUCGAGGAUUAUUAAGAGGUGUAAAGAUGAGUUUGGGAUUGAUGGGGAAAUGGGUUUCGUGUGUUUAGGUGGGUUUGAGAAUGUGAGGGAUGUUUAUGAGUGGAGAGGGUUGAAGUUGGAGGUUGAUGAGAGUAAGUUUAGUUUUGGAGUGUGUUACGAGAUUGAGUGUGAGAAUGAUGAUCCUGAAAGAGUCAAGAGGGUACUUGAAGGGUUUUUGAAGGAGAAUGGGAUUGAUUAUAAGUACUCUGAGAUGUCAAAGUUUGCGAUUUUUCGAGCUGGGAAAUUGCCUUAGUUAUGUCAGCAUAUGCUUGAGUGCAUCUUGCUCUUCCCCUGCAGCUGUACUCUCCACAGACGUCUAUGCGGGCAAUGAAUUCUAUUUUAAUACUACUAGUUUGAAUUAAACAGUAAAUUAUCUCUGUUCUGCAAUGCUGUGAUACAACUAUGAAUUUGAGAUGUUUUCGUGGUCAUCCAUCACAUGCAGAUGGACCCUUUUAUAUAUGAAUUUUUUUUGUGUCGUA